CACAAACACACGCACACUCUCUCUCUCUCUCUCUCGCUCUCUCGCUCUGUCUUCUUCUUCAUUCACGCAGAAGAGAAAGCAACAGAGCAAGAAGACAAGGGACGGAAAUGGCGGUGGCGGUAGCAAUGCCCGCGCUCUCUCUCCUCCUCCUCCUCGCCUCUCUCCUCGCCCCCUGGCCCAUCUCCUCCUCCCCUGUCCAGGACCCGGAGCUGGUAGUACAGGAAGUACACAAGAGCAUCGCCAAUGCCACUAGGAAUCGGAGGAGCCUGGGGUACCUCUCCUGCGGGACCGGGAACCCGAUCGACGACUGCUGGCGGUGCGACCCCAACUGGGAGCAGAACCGCCAGCGCCUCGCCGACUGCGCCAUCGGGUUCGGCAAGAACGCCGUCGGGGGCCGCGACGGCGAGAUCUACGUGGUCACCGACUCGGGCGACGACGACCCCGUCAACCCCAAGCCCGGGACGCUCCGCCACGCGGUCAUCCAGGACGAGCCGCUCUGGAUCAUCUUCCAGCGCGACAUGACGAUCCAGCUGAAGGAGGAGCUGAUCAUGAACUCCUUCAAGACCCUCGACGGUCGCGGCGCCAGCGUCCACAUUGCCGGCGGGCCGUGCAUCACCAUCCAGUUCGUGACCAACAUCAUAGUUCACGGGCUCCACAUCCACGACUGCAAGCAGGGAGGGAACGCCAACGUGCGGGACUCGCCGCGGCACUACGGGUGGCGGACGAUCUCGGACGGCGACGGCGUGUCCAUCUUCGGCGGGAGCCACAUCUGGGUCGACCACUGCUCGCUGUCCAACUGCAAGGACGGGCUCGUCGACGCCAUCCACGGGUCCACCGCCAUCACCAUCUCCAACAAUUACAUGACUCACCACGACAAGGUCAUGCUGCUCGGCCACAGCGACACCUACACCCAGGACAAGAACAUGCAGGUCACCAUUGCCUUCAACCACUUCGGCGAAGGCCUUGUCCAAAGAAUGCCGAGAUGCAGGCAUGGCUAUUUCCAUGUGGUCAACAAUGACUACACCCAUUGGGAGAUGUAUGCCAUCGGAGGGAGCGCAAACCCUACCAUCAAUAGCCAAGGCAACAGAUUUGUUGCUCCAGAAGACAGAUUCAGCAAAGAGGUGACCAAGCACGAGGAUGCACCAGAGAGCGAGUGGAAGAACUGGAACUGGAGGUCCGAAGGAGACCUGCUGAUGAACGGAGCUUUCUUCACUCCAUCUGGUGCCGGAGCUUCUUCGAGCUACGCUAAAGCAUCGAGCUUGGGCGCGAGACCAUCCUCCUUGGUCGGCACCAUCACCACCAAUGCCGGUGCUCUCGCUUGCAGAAAAGGCUCUCGCUGCUGAUACAGACCCAUCAUCAUGAUCACGAACAGCCACCCACCAUUAUUUGCUACCACAAAAGAAAAUUUGAAAUGGGAAUGCCCCUAAGUUUUAGCUUUCAAGAAAGAGCGGCAUCUCCUGCCAGAUUUAACUUUAUCCAUUUCUUCUUUUUCUCUUUCUUUCUAGGUUCUUUCCUUCCUUUUCUGUUUGUAUCUCGAGUCUGAUGAUUACAACCUCGGCAUGUUACUCUCAGACCCCUACCUGGUGAUUCUUUAGCGAGAAUCUUCAGGGGGGCAUAGAGAAGAACAGGCGCAGAAGUGUUGAUUAUACUAAAACUAUAUCUUGGAUUAAUAUAAUGCUAAAGUUUUGGUCUUCUGCUAUUUAAA